AUGUCGAAGAAGUGCAAAGCUCUCGCUAUUUUCGUUUUGGUGCUAGAAGUUUUUUCUGUUGAAGCUGUUUCCGUUAACCAGGCUAAUGUGGAAAAUGUGCAUAAGGAUUUUGAUUUAUCCUUCAUUGGUGACGUUGGAAUAAGUAUCAAGGAAGGCACAAAAACGGCCGUACAGAAAGCUGAAGAAGCGGCCGCUUCUGUUCAGGGAAAAGUCGAAGAGCUAGCUGCGGAUGCCAAGAAGAAAUACGAUGAAGCAGUUGCUUUUGCAAACCAGAAAAGUGAAGAGGCCAUUAAGAAAGCCCGUGAAGCUGAAGACGCUGCCCAAAGUGCUACAGUAGCUCAGCAAAAUGCAGUAACAGAUGAAGCAAAGAAAAAUGCCGCAGAAAUGCAGAAGAAAGCUGACCAACUUGCUGAGGAGGCUAACAAAGCUAAGGCCGAGGCGGAAGAGGCCGCUAGGAAAGCUCAGAAAGAAGCUGAGAACUUGGCUAACGAGUCUGUGGUCAUCAUGAACGCAUUGCUCAGCACCCUUGCUCUCUCUGGCGUCGUAUUCGCGCAGUUCGGCGGCAAUGGCGAUCGCGGGCACGGACCAAUUGGGCAAGGACCAGGUGGACCCGUUGGCGUUGGCUCACCGAACCAGGAGCUCACGUACGAAGCUAAAGGACGUCUGAUUUGUGGAAUUUCGCCUCUCGCCAAUGUUCGAGUUGUGCUAUGGGAUCGAUUCCGUGGACGAGACAAUGUGAUUUACGAUGAAACCGAGACCGAUGUGAUUGGAAACUUCCGAUUGAAGGCCACCAAGAGUUCAUUCAACACGCAGUACAUUCAGCCUUAUUUGACAAUUUAUCAUGAUUGUGAUGACGAAAAAACGCCAGGACUUCGCAAAAUGACUGUUCAACUUCCAUCGACAUACACGAAUCGCGGAAGUCUUAUUCUGAAAUCGAUGGACAUUGGAACCUGGAAUCUCGAAACAUCGUUUGCCGGUGAGGAAGUUGAGACGUUCGGAAAUCGCGACAACAAUCCGCCAAUUGGCGGCUUUGGCGGACACUGGGGUCGUGGCGGAGACUUUGGUGGUGAACGCAAUCGAUUUGGUGGACGUCGCGAAUAUGAUGAGCCGACAUCGAUUUCUAUUCUUUUACUAGCCGUUUCUGCGAGUUUCGCUCAAAACGACACAAAAUCAGAACCGAAAGAGCUCAAACAUCGUCGUCGACAUUCAUUGCCGAAAGAGUUCGAACAUCUCACCAAAUUGACAAAUGCCGAACGACGAGAGUAUUUUGGAAUCGUUUUCAAUAAAAAUAUGACACUUGGCGAAAUCGAUGAGAAAUCACUUCAAUUUGCAAAAAAUCACGGAUUUGAGAAGGAACAUUUGGCCGGUGUUGAGAAAAAGAAAGCUUAUGUUGAUGCAUCGAAGGCUGAACAGGAUGAAGUUGUGAAGAAUCUUCCAGUAGUUUUGAAAAAGCUCCGAGAAAUUUAUACCAAUAAAGAUUUAACUCUGAUUGAGCGUGAGGAAGACAUCGAAGAGCUGAGAAAGGAAUACCCAAAGGAAGUUCCGGUCCUUCAAUUCGUUUUCCGUCGCGAAUACAAGAACUACGGUAAAAAUUGGGAAAACGUUUUGGAAUAA